UCACAUGUACUACAGCUCUUCUCAAAUGCACUGCUGUUCCCAGAAACUUCAACCAAGACUGUUGCUUUGUAACGCCUCUGUUAGUGGGGGGGAGAAAGAAGACGUCAAACUUUUAUACUGUCACCACAAGGAGUCCACUCAGACCCGCAGGGAAACAACAUUCAUUCUAUUGAAGAAAAGCCGCUUCAGGUCCUUUUUUCUUUUUUUAAAUGUCUCCACAGUCAGAGACAAGUCUUGGCACUUUGCUUGAGUUCAUUCAAGGGCAGCUCUAAGGGCAACUGAGUUGUCGGGCAGGCCAUUCAAUGCUAAACAAAAGAAAUCUGCAUGGUCAUCAAAAGACCUUCACUGGUGCAUCUGAGUUUGGAGAAACCCCCUCCUCCCCAUUAUUAGCACUUGCACAGCAGAUCUUUUUAUUUUUUUUUAUGAAAUCCCAGAGGGCAAAUAAAUCAGCUUUAGAAGUUUUCUGUUGCAGCUUCAGCGACAUGCUCUGCAGUGCUGCAGACUCUCCCUCAUCCGUCUGUCUGACCAUGGCUCUGCCUGUUGUUGUAUUUCUGUUGGCUCUCACUUCCCUCAGUGCUGCAUCUGCACCCGACUGCAAGGACCUGGUCGAACCUUUUAUACCGGAGGACCCCAAACUGGUUUUUGGAAAAUGGGUGUAUGUGAUGGGAGCUGGUGACCCCAAGCCGUACCACAAGGCACUGGAGUCUCUGAAGAGCUCCUGGAUUGACUUGUCUCCCACUUCUGACAGUCAAGUUGUGACAUUACGUUGGGGAGAUCACUGCUUUAACCGGUGUAUCUUGGGGGAAGUAAACGCAACAGUCACAGGAAUUGCCACUACAUUCCGCAAAAAUCUGUCAGACCACAAAGGACACAUUCUAAAGACUUGCUCCGACUGCCUGCUGUGGACAGACACCUUUCGGAACGGGGACGUCACCGGUCGAUACAUCCUGCAGUUCACGAGGACUGGAAAAAUGGAUCCCAAAGAUGUUGAAAUUUUCAAGAAACAAGUUGGGUGUCUGAACUUCCCAGAUAACUUCCACAGCUACGAUGGCAAAACCGCAAACUUCAAGUACAAUGCACAUGGUCAGGAAAUGGAAAUGCUGCCAACAAGGGAAUAUUUGCUCUCUUCUCUUACAGUUUGUCUUUUGUUAUGUUCUCCUGUGUUUCAGAGCUCUGCCCCGACGACAAAGAGAGCACAGAGUGAGCAGCAAUAAAAAAUAAAAAAAGAGAUACAGCAACAUUUGUAUUAAGCAAUAUGUGUAAUGUAGUAGUUUUGUUUUGAUUGAAUUAUUUACUGUACGCUAUGAAUGCCAGUGCAUAAGUGAUUCAUGAUUUUACUUUUUUUUUUUAAAACAGAUGGUGAUAUACUGAAUUGCAUUAAGAAAAAGAUGUCAAAACCGAAGGUUUUUGUCUUACAAUAAUGCAGUUACUACAUCACAUGUAAUAUUUUUCAGAUUAAAACUAUAUCAUUGUUA